UCAUUUGACUACAUUAUUGGACUUUUAGUAAGAUUCGUUGGAUUAUUCUGUAUUUUGUAAACAUAGUAUAACUCCAUUUCCACUUCUUUACAGAAUAUAGAGGCUACAGCCAUAUCAGAUAGGUUAUCUCUCUGCAUUGCAUUGUCGUCUCUUUUUUAUAUCAGUUACUACAUUGUCUGUGACUUUGUUCAUGUAACUUGAUUGAGCCUUUAAAUUUCAUGUUACUCCUGUUCCAAAUCAGUUCCCCUUUGCCUAAGGAUGAAUCAUCUUUGUAAUUCCAUGUAUGUGCGUGUUGAACACAUAUAUGUAGUGCAUGUGGGUUUACUCACUAAUGCAGGUAUUGUGAAACCAGAGAUGAAUGUAGAAAUACCUCACUUAAUUGUUUCUUGACCUUAUUAAUUUUUUUUGAAACAAGAUUUCUCACCAAACCUAGAACUUGUCAUUUCAGUUGGAGUAACAGGCGAAGAAGCCACCUCUGAGAUUCACCCAUCUCUGUUCCCUUCCACAUCCAAGUCUAGGGUUGGUGUGUACUGCCACAGUCAGUUUUUAUGUGGGUGGUGGGUAUCUCAAUUCAGGUCCUUAUGCUUUCAUGGCAAGCACUUUACCCACUAGGCCCCCUUCAAACACUGUCUUUGUAAUUUCAUCAUCAUCUAUUCUUGUCUCCUUUUUAAUCCACCAGAAGCUAUUUAUCCCUUUUUAGUAACACAUAUUUAUUAAGUAAUAUGUUCUUUGUCAGUGCCAAACUUUUGUCUACUAACUUGUCUGAAAUUACUGUUUCUUUCAUUGUUUCUUUUCAAAUCUAACCAGCCCUUGAAAAUUGUGCCUGAUCAACUCUGCUUAUGGUGAUCUUUGAUGAACGAAUUGCCUUACUAAUCAUUCUACAUGUUGACCUUUCUCUCACAUUUAUUUUUAUUAUUCAUUAAGACUACCUUGAAUUUUUCUUAAUUAUGUUUGCAUGUUUGAAUUUUAUAGUUUUCUAAAGGACACAGGACCAUGAUUUUUUCUGUGUAUUCUUUUCAGAACAACAUAUAGCAUAAUUAAGAAUGAGUUUUCAAAAAUUAAUAGUUGUUCACUGAAUUAUUUGUACAUUGGCUAUUCUGUGAUUUUUUUACUCCAAUAUCUAUGUGAUUUUGCCUUUGUGAACUAUUUAAUGAACCCAAAUUAAUUUGUGCCUUGUAUUCAUUGCUGUAAUCUGGUUGUCAUUGUUAUGUUCCUAAUAACUUUAUUUUGUAGAAGCUUAACUGAAAAUGGUACAUGUUAGAAGACAUGUGACAAGGAAAAAUUCUAAAUCUCGAAUUGAUUGGCGUCGGACUAAAAGAAGUAUUUUUUAUAGUGAUGAAGAGCUUGAUAGUGGUGAAAGUAUUGAUCAUGACAAAGAGCUUGGUAGCAGUGAGGAACUUGAUAGUGACGAAGAGCUUGAUAGUAGCAAAAAGUCUGGUAUUAAUGAGAUACCAGAAAAGGAAACAGAGCUUAAAUUAAUCAAAGUUGAAAGUGAGGAAAGCAACAGUAAACACCUUAUGGACACCAGUAAUAGUUCAACAGAUGAAGAAAAAAUAAACAAAACCAA